CGGGCCAGCCCGGGGCUGAGCCACAGCCCGCCCGCUCCCGCAGGGACCAUGAGCUCCAGCUGACGGGCCUGGGGCACCGGGGCGGCCCCGCACAGCCCUGCGGGAUGGCAUGGCACGGCAUGGCUCUGCUCAUCGCCUCGGCCUCUGUCGCCGUCAGCCUGGGGAAAGCGCUGGGGGACCAAGGCGACGGAGCGGACCUGUACUCGGAAAACAUCACCCGGAUCCUCGACAAGUUGUUGGACGGCUACGACAACAGGCUCCGGCCGGGAUUCGGAGGUGCCGUGACCGAAGUGAAAACGGACAUCUACGUGACCAGCUUCGGGCCGGUGUCCGACGUGGAGAUGGAAUACACAAUGGAUGUCUUCUUUCGGCAGACAUGGACUGAUGAGAGGUUGAAGUUUAGUGGGCCAACUGAAAUUUUGAGAUUGAACAAUUUAAUGGUCAGUAAAAUUUGGACACCAGACACAUUUUUUAGAAAUGGAAAAAAAUCAAUUGCUCAUAAUAUGACAACUCCUAACAAACUUUUUAGAAUUAUGCAGAAUGGAACUAUUCUUUACACAAUGAGACUAACCAUUAAUGCUGAUUGUCCCAUGCGGCUGGUGAACUUCCCUAUGGAUGGACAUGCUUGUCCACUGAAGUUUGGGAGCUAUGCUUAUCCAAAAAGUGAAAUAAUUUAUACUUGGAAAAAAGGACCCCUGCAUUCUGUAGAAGUACCACAGGAGUCUUCCAGUCUUCUCCAGUAUGACCUCAUAGGACAAACUGUAUCUAGUGAAACAAUUAAAUCUAACACAGGUGAAUAUGUAAUCAUGACAGUUUAUUUCCACUUGCAAAGGAAGAUGGGCUACUUCAUGAUACAGAUUUACACUCCAUGCAUUAUGACAGUCAUUCUUUCUCAGGUGUCCUUCUGGAUUAACAAGGAGUCUGUUCCAGCCAGAACAGUUUUUGGAAUCACUACAGUUCUAACAAUGACCACUCUCAGCAUCAGCGCUCGCCAUUCUUUGCCCAAGGUGUCCUAUGCCACUGCCAUGGACUGGUUCAUAGCUGUGUGUUUUGCCUUUGUUUUCUCUGCACUUAUUGAGUUUGCAGCUGUCAACUACUUUACCAACCUUCAGGCUCAGAGAGCACUGAGGAAGGCAGCCAGGGCAGCAGCACUGGCAGCAGCACUAUCGGCAGCGACUGUACCGGCAGAGGACGAGAUUGUCUCGGAAGAUCCUAAUACUGGAAUUUGCAGGAGAAGGGAAUUGGUGGCACUUUCUGGAGUGCACCAUUUGAGUAAUGCUUUGUGAGGUGGUCAGGGAAUACACCCCAUGGAUCAAAAGACAUCCUUUCCAUGUGAGAGACUACAUUUAAAAGACAAAAGAUUACCACCCUGUAACAGCUUGAUUCCCAGUUAUUUUCUGAAAGACCUCUUGUUUUAACAGAAAACAGCACAGAGCAGGGAAAUCCCUCUGGGAGAGCUUCCUUCUCCCCACAACCUUGUCCAUGUGCUUCAAAAUAACAUGGCUUGGGCAGAAAAGGAUUCUCAUUUUCUUUGAGAACCUUGGCCAGCUGCAGAGCAGCCAUAUGUCACUGGUGUAGAGGAUUUAGAAUUCCUUAAUUACAUCAGAAUAUAUUGAAUAUGUUUAAUGAGUGUUCUAGUAUAACUAAGGGAGAGAGCUUCUCUUUGGAUUAUCAAGCACCCUUUAUGAGACCAUCCUAGAAACAGCUACAUGCAUUAAAGUCUUGGCUGAAAACGUGGCAUUUUCCAUCAAAUUAGGGAGACCUUCCUGCUCCUUCACAAUUAUCAGAUCAUCAGGUAGACUGUUAAAAACAAACAGCAACUUUCAAUUAUAUUGACUUUUGUCAUCCCAACAAAAAAAGUAGAUGCUGAUUAUUUGUUUCUGCCUGAGAUAAAUAUUUGUCUGAUUGACAAAGCCAGUGCAGAGCAGUAAGGAAGAUUUAGAAGUAGCUGAUAUCACACUCAAAAACAGGAAAAAAAAAAAGAUUAACUUGAUUUCAACAUUUUUUUUGUUCAACACUGAAGUCUAAUCCCAGUACUUUUUUCUGGGGAAGCAGUGAGAACAAAAUUAAGUAAGUUAAAUUACGGAAAAAACCUCAAACAAACCUCUCUAGUGCUGUUUGUGUAAUUCUGUCUCAUUUAGACACUUGAAGCAGUUUCUCUAUGCUGCAGAAAUUUUGCAAAGUAAAGGUAGAGACAGGGAUUGUUUUGGACAGACACUGAUAGAUUUAAGAGCCAAAUGUGACUCUGAACAUUUAAAUCUGUUUCACAGAAAAAUAUAUUUUGACAGCAGAGGGGCUCUGUAGCAGUGAUAUGAUUUUUCCAGUAUGCUACAAAUGAAUGUUAGGAAGAGACUCUGCCACAGCACAUCCCACUGCAAAGAGGGUGACGAUGGCUCCAGUCUCUGCUGUCCUUCAUGUGCACCUGCUUUAUGUGGCAGCAAUUUUAGUCCAAUGGGCAGGGGAUAUUUUUCAAAGUCAUGUUUUCUGCCUCUGCUUUGCAUGGAAAGCCCUUAGAUUUUCCAUGCAAAGUAAAAUAGCUUUGAAAUAAUAAGGUAACAGCCUCUCCCCCUAAUCACCUUUACCUGGUGGUUAGGCUAGAUUUUGAGAAAGAUGAAUUUCAGGCCCUGAAGGUUAAGAAAGAAUUUGAACAUGGUUUUCCCAUGCUCCAAGUGAGUUAUUCAACCUAAGUAAUUUAACCCUUUUACUAAGGUAGAACAUGAUGAAAACCAAUCUGCAUGUUAUUCCUCAUAAUAUUUCUAGCAAAGGGAACCUAAAUUCCCUAAAGAGAUGCCUAAAGCUAGGGCUGUUAAUGACUUCUAAACUAUAGUCAGCUUUUAAUUGUGCAGGACACUGUUUAUAGAUGUUUGCAAUAGACAUCUUUUGAAUCAGAUCCCACAGAUGGGAUAUGCAAAGAAAUGUCUAAAUUAGGGGUUAUAAUGAUUGUCUGUCAGGAGAUGGAUGCUGAAACUGCACAGGACUGUAAAGAAUGAGGUGCCUUCGGGCAUGGCCAAAAGAAGAUGUUACACAAUGGGAUGGACUUUCCUGCUGCAAGAUGCUGCAUGUGGAUUGUUCAAUAGCUGAGCAGUUUUUACAGAUCCCACUGUUGGAUGGAGGAGCUAAUCCAUGUUAUCUCCCUCUUUGGGAUCUGAGUCAUUAGCAUGUGCUGUCAUGUGUGUCAUACAAAUGUUUGAAACUGCUCAAACUGUAUCUACUGAUGAGCAGAGACAAAGGAUGUUAUGUGUUUAAUUUAGCAUUCUGCCCUUGACAGGCAUUGAGUUUUGGUUCUGGGUUGGGUUUUUUGUGUGUAUGUUUUGUGACAUUAGCAAAGUUCAAUAUCUUUAAUCCAAUAAAUUAUAAAGAAAAGGAAAAUAACCCACUAUUUUUAUCUAAACUUUUAGAGUAUAUUUUACUGCAUUGCUGCCAGGAAAAAGAGAUGUGAGUGAGUAAAAGAGAGACAAGUAAAGACAUAGAGAUAUUAAUUUGUUUAAAGUUAGCCAGUAUCUGAGUUGCAUAUUUAAGAUACUGUUACUGUUAGAUCAUAAACUAAACUGAUAGUGAGAAUAUGUAUUUGCAGUACAAAGCAACAGAGAAGAGCUGAGAAUUCUACAAAUAUGAAUUAUAGAAAUCUCUUGAGGGAAAGAAACAUAAGAACAAAGUGCAUUCAUAAAUCACAGUUACCAUCCACAUCAAAAUCAGAGAAGGCAGACAAAGAAUUCUGUUUACUCUUCAGUUAUAUAUGCUGUAUUUUUUGAAACCUGGAAGCCAAGAAAUUUGCUGAAAGCCUCCUGAGAUAUUCUGAGAGUAAGCAAGUUCUAGUGAUACUGAGGAGAGUUGUGAGGGAGCAGCAUCUUUAUGGACAAGAUGAGACUGCUUUGUGGGCUUUCCAGGGGAUGGGAUUGCUUGGCUGCAAAAGCUUAAUAGAAGGCAGACUGUGCCUUACAGAGCACAGACAUGCCAGGCUUUGUCUAGCCCAGUGUUCUGGGAUCACACUAAGCAAGGCCCUGGCAAUCUGUUCUGGGUCACUGGGUGGGCAGAGACAGUGGCAAGUUUAAUUGCCCCAUGGGACCAACAUUCCACAGGAGUGCCAAAGCACUGCUCUGCCUCAGGGUUCAGUGACUUCAGCAAAGCCAAUAUUUCAUUAUGACACUGUGCCACUCUUCAGGCUCCCUGGAACACACUCCUUACUUUCUGAGGGAUUGGCUCUGGGAACUAUGCAAAAUAAGCUGUUCACUGCGUUUUCUCUGUGUUCUGUUAAUGUUUCAUGAUGUUAUUGUGGGUAAUCUUUGUCAAAAGGAGAAGUUAAAUCUAAAUAUAGUAUACAAAUUACUGUAGCUGGUGUUCAGAACUCAACUGUCGUGAAUUCCAAUGAAAUAUAUGAGUUGUGGUUCUGGGGCAGCAAGUCUGGUCUACAG